ACUCCAGGGUGCUUUGCGGGACUCCAUAGCCGAACAUGGGGUUUAAUUUUGUCACCGUUUACGUAAAGCGGCUCUGAAGAACCAAACUAUGGAAAAGCGCUCCUGAAGGAGGACAAUGUGUCGGUUUCUGUGAACAGUUCACUUAUCUCCAUCCGAGCGCGCUUGGCAGAAAGUAGAGAGAAAAAAGGAGAGACGCGAGGCUUUACUGGAAACUCAGAUUUACUUUCACGGUCCUUGGAUCCUCAGCGCUCUUCCAAGGACUCUGGGAACCGAGUCAGAAAGUUUCAUGCUGAAUGUCCCUGCGUUAACCUGAGGUCCAGGGUGUAAGGGGAGCAUUAGGUCUCAGAGCUCCGAUGCCAGUGGACAUGCAGCCACACCAGGGGCUGUAUUACUACGAGACCUCACCCAGCCAGCCCUCCAGAGGCAUAGUCCCAUCAGAUCAGUCUCCCUACAGUGAUGUGUCUUCGCUUCGUGCUCCGCUCCUCGACGGCCCGCCCCAGGACUGCCACGCUAUGUAUAAUCCCAUGACUCAUGGAUCAGGACCAGGGCAGGGAAUUGGCCCCUGCUUGGAUCAAUAUAUGAGGCACCCUCAAGCCCCACCACCCCACGGUAUGAUGGGCCACAGGGGCAUGCCGCCCACAGAGGGUGGUAACAGCGCCCCCUACUGUAACCAGAACAUGAUUUCUCAUCACAAUUUCUGCCAAGUUCAACAUGGCUCUGAUCAGAUUGGAUCAGGUGAUGGCUCGAGGUUCUCCACUCCUCGUUCCAUGCUUAAGCUAAGCAAAAAGAGAGCUCUGUCCAUCUCUCCUCUGUCUGAUGCCAGUGUGGACCUGCAGACGGUAAUCCGGACCUCACCGAAUUCCUUAGUGGCCUUUGUCAACUCUCGCUGCAACCCCAACGGCGCUAGCUCCUAUGGUCAUCUCUCUGUGAGCGCUAUGAGGAGAGACUUCAUGACUCUCACUAAAAAACCUUAUGUGUGUAAAAUCCCUGGUUGUACCAAGCGAUACACAGAUCCAAGCUCUCUGCGUAAACAUGUAAAGACCGUGCACGGCCCUGAGGCCCACAUCACCAAGAAACAUCGUGGAGACACUGGCCCUCGGCCCCCCGGUUCAGUUAUGAACCCUGGAGGUCCCAACUCUGAACUGCUGCUGGAGAAAGAAGAGGCACGCAGAGAAGACUGCAAACUAUUGGCUCCUGAGACUUCUCUGAAAUCCCAACCAAGCCCUGGCGGUCAGUCUUCCUGCAGUAGCGAACGUUCUCCACUGGGGAGCACCAACAACAACGACAGCGGUGUAGAAAUGAACCCUAAUGCAGCCGGUAGUCUGGAGGACCUCACAGCAUUGGAAGAUGGUGUUGCAGGUGGAGGAGGAGGUGGAGGGGAGCCGGGAACAAUGGGAAUGUCAGCGCAGGCUCUGAAGAGGCUGGAGAAUCUAAAGAUUGACAAGCUGAAACAAAUCCGCAGGCCAACCCCUCCUGGACGCGGUGGCAGCAACAAGCUUCCUGCAAUACCUGGUCCAGGGGAGAGUAUGGGAAUGUGUGCACCUUCUCCACUUCUCUCAAAUCGACGUGUUAUGGAGCUGUCCAAUCAUGAGCUCGGAGGGGGAACAGUUGCCUGCUCUACUAAUGACAGGAGAGGAAGUGGCACCAAUGGAGCCCACAAACUCAUAAUCAAGCCUGAGCAGCAGUUCCACCCUGGGAUGGGAGCUGGAGAUGCCUGUCAGAGCGCUAAGCUCCAUCAUCAACGCAUGCUUCUGCAGCAAACGCAGGGUUACCCGCAACAAACGGGGCAGGUAAUGAUGAGGAACUCUAACAACCCCAGGUGUGACUUUCAAGGGCCAAACCAAAACCCUUUUCCCAGUGGAGAGGGAUUAAGUCUGGGCUGCGCUGGCUCUGCACUGGCUGAUGGUCAGAGGUCAGAAACCCCAAUGAUGCAGGUAAAGGAGAUGAUGGUGAGGAAUUAUGUGCAGUCCCAGCAAGCACUCAUGUGGGAACAGCAGCAAGAGCAGCAGCAGAGUGGAUUAAAACCUUCUCCUCUCUCUGACAGUAUGGAUCUGAGUGGUCAGGCAGCGAUGAUCCAACACAGUCCACAGCACCAAAACCAAAAUCUUUAUUCCAGCCAGACCUAUCCUUACCCCAACCAGAACCUGAUCAUGAGUCCUCAGGCCCACAGCCGUGUGCCAAGCUCAGUAACGCCUAAAGACCAGCAGAUGGCAGGUCUCCAAGGUUCAUGUUAUAACCAGGAAAUGGUGAUCCCCAGACCUCCUCAGGGCCGAAAACCUCUCAGCCGCCAGAGUAGUCUGUCACAGGUGGGAGGAGGCUACCUUGGCAGCCCACCACACCUGAGCCCCGUCCAUUCCACUUCCAGUCCCAGGCGAGGCGUUCGACUUCCUCCUGUCCAGCAUCCGCAGCAUCCCCAGAAUGAAAUGUUCUCUCCUUCCAACAACAACAACAACGUAUACUACUCGGGUCAGAUAAACAUCGGUAUGGAGAAAAACAUGGACGCUCAAAACGGGCCUUGUCUUAACCAGCAGCACAGUAUGGGGUCCAGUCUGGACCCAGUAGGUGGCACAAAGUCCACCCCUUUGGCUAACUAUCCUGAGUCUGGCCCCAUUUCAAACGCCCUAGAAAACUUGGACUUGGACAAUGCUCGCAUAGACUUCACUUCCAUUAUCGACGAUGCCGACUCUUCGUCGUUCAGCGACGUCAACAAUCCCAUCCAGGAUCAGCCGGGAUCUUCCUCCCAGGCCUCAUCGCGCCUCACCACACCCCAGACUUCUGUCAGCUUGGCUGCAGGGUCUGGCCUGUCUAACAUGGCUGUGGGCGACAUGACAUCCAUGCUAACCUCACUAGCUGGGGAGAAUAAGUACCUGAAUACACUGUCUUAGAAGACAACUCCUUGGCAGCUAAAGAGAAAUUAAGGCUAACAAUCACACUCUGGCCUUUACCAGGUUAAAUGCAACCAGUCUGAGGUUUCAGAAAAGAAAACAAAUUCUGUCCCUUAACGUGAUUUUUCUCUUGUACAUUAUAAGAAAACUGAGUUGUGUAAAAACAGAAAAAGUUUUAAAACAGAAUAAAAAAUCUGUGCUGUUUUAUACCUGUAUGCUUUUAUAUGUAAACUGAACAUCUUCCGUAUUUUUAAAACCAGGAUCCCGAGCUGGCGAGCAUCUUUUAAUCUCUCCACACAGGUCGAAAUUUUACAAAUCCUCACCCAAAAACCUUAAAACCAAAGGUGCCUGAUCAGUGUCUCGCAGUUAUCUCCUGCAGCCUCGGUACUCGGUGUUUUUCUGUGCCUUACUGUUGCACACGGAGCUGUUUGCCUGAAUGACGCUGAACUUUUUCCUGAACGGGCAUUCCAGUCACGUAUGGAGCACAGAAGGAAACAUGUAAAUAAGUUUAUACAGCGUGUCAUGUAUGUGACAUUAGGUAAUACCCCUGUCUUAAUGGACUGCUUGGUUUCUGAAGGCUAAUGCUGAGGGAUGUCAUGGUAAAAUGUUUGACAAGUUAAGAGGAAAAAAUGCUUUUAGUGAUCGUGAAAUCAUUUCUCCUUAUCGCUGAGGAUUUCUUCCUUAUCAGGAGCAACACAAUAUGCUACCAGAGCAAUGUCAGUAUUCCCACACAAACACUUUCCCCCUGCACGUGACCACACAGAGACACUCAGGAUGUGUUUGAAUCUUUGGUGUUCAUAUUACAUGUAUGUUGUAAUUGCCUUUCCAGACAGAGAGUUUGCACUCCACAUGUUUACUGUAAUUAUUCUUAAAGCAGCUGUGUAUGUAUUUUUUUUUCCAUUUGUGUUUAUAACUGAGGUUCAUACAGUGAGCAAAGCUCGAACAUAACACGUAUCCACAAUCCCCACUACAUGUCAACAUGUGUAAUAUACUCAAACAUGCCUUUACUCAAAGUUAACCUCACCUACAGCUCAUAUGUGACUCAGCUGAGUAUGGUGGGUAUUCAAGCUACUGGAUACAAAUUGACUCAGCUGGUCUGUACAGAUUAUUAAUAGUUGCCUAACUGUUGAGAAUCUGAGGUACAUUCAGAGUACGGUGCUGCUGCACUUUGGCUCUAAUCCCAAAGAGGAGUUGCAUGAAAAAUGCUGCGUUAAUAGUCCACAACAGGGCAUUGGGAUGAGUGGUUUUUUUUAAAUAAAUAAUUGCUACCACUGUUGUAAAAUCUUCAUUUUCUUGGUACACUGAGGUACUUUUGUGCAACUUUUGAGCUGUAUGAUGCAGAAGUAAGCUGCAGCGCUUUAUACGAGAACUAAUUUUAUACUGUGGCUUUGCACUGACUGCAGCAUCUCUUAUUACUAAUAACAUGAACCUCUUAUUUUUUUUGACAAUAAAGAAUAUUUGCAGUAUUUUUUUUGAAUAGUCAUUCAAGAACACACCUGACCGUGCCUACACUCAGCAAAGCCACAUUAAAGUAUUGAUGAAGCAUUUCACGUGACUUUUCAGCUCAUAAUAAUAACGAUGCCACUGUAAAGUUUACUAAGCGUUAGCAGGAACGGGGGGGAGAGUACAAUCUACCAAAGACAUCUACAAAUGAGAAAAACAUGCACAAAUAGUCUAUUUUUAACACAACACUAACACUAGAAAUAAGGGCAUGAACAUCGACUGAUAGUGCUAUGCUUUAGAAUGUAUGAAAUGUUUUGUAAAAAAAAAAAAUUGUCUUUUUAUAUUAAUGAACUUCAUGGAUGUCGCCUUCUAUGUGUGUAUUUUUUUUUAUGUAACUGUCACCUUUCAU